AUGGUACAUGUGCGGGAGCACCAGGCACUUGCGCCCUCAGCGCCACUGCGGAAGCCGCGUCAAAGUCGGCCGAGCCGCAAUCCGCCUCCUAACCCGAAAGUGAGUACGGAGCGGGAAAACGGCAAUUCCCAGUAG